ACGUAACAUCUGUGCGUACGCGGUCGUGAUUGUUGUGAAGAUGGCGGAGGGGGAGACAGAGAAGGAAUAUGAUACACGGAAAACUAUCGAGGGACUCCGAGAACGUUUUCAGAAUUUGACCGCAACACUAAAAGAAAGCUCGGGAUCGUCGUUGGAGGCCUCUUUGCAUUUCUGCCAGGAGUUUUGUCAAGUCUUAGUGGAGAAUGCUGGUCGGUGGAAGACGGAUGAAGACCCCCUGCCCCUGCUUGAGGUCUACACUGUGGCCAUACUCAGCUUCGCAAAGGCCACCUCGUGUCUCUCCUCUGAAUGUGAAAAUGUGCCACUUCUACUUGAAAAGUUAGCACUGAGUUGUGUGGAGUUGCUACUUUUACUGCCCCAGCACGUCCCUGUUGCCUUAUGGGAGGAAUUCCAGUCCUCCAUGAAGUUGGCACACAGCCUUUCUCAAGAGACGGGUCACACUCAGCUCUGCGGGCUCUCUGUCAUGGCUCAGCAGGGUGGCGUGUGGGCCAACGCCACUCUGAGCAGCAUCCUGGCCAACGGAUCUCCUCAGACUGAUCAUGUACAUGAAUUUCUGGAGUUGGAAGGUCCUAUGCUGCUCAACAUGAGACUAAAGCAUCUGAUCAAAGUGGACAGUAUUGAAAAGGCUGCGGUCCUUGCUAAGAUAUGCUCAGAGUACCCGGGAUAUGAAGGAAAAGGGAACUUUAAGCAAAUCUACUUGGUUUGCAUCUGCAUGACGAAAACUCAAGAGCAGCUCACGGAAGAAAUCACAUCCAUCGACUGUAAAGAUGCUCUGGACAUGAUCUGUAACCUUGAGUCGGAGGGCGACGAGAAGGGAGCCUUGUGUUUAUGUACUGCCUUCCUCAAGCGACAGCUUCUCCAAGAAGAGGUUUAUUGUGCCUGGGAACUCACGCUGUUCUGGAGUAAGCUGCUGAUUCGGCUGGAGUCCUCGACGGAUGUUUUUCUGGAGCAGAGCAAGAAGAUGACGCUGCUGUGCAGAAGCGUCUGUCACAUCCUGUUCUUCAUCAAAGUUAUACAAAAUGAGGUCGGAGAGGUGGGGCUUCCAGUGUGUGUGGAAAUGUGCAUUCAGGCCGUUAAAAUGACGACCAGUGACCAUAAGGACAGCAAGUCUACCAUCUGCAAAACUAUUUACUGCCUCUUGCCAAACGAUCUUGAGGUGAAGCGUGCGUGUCAGCUGACUGAGUUCCUCCUCCAGCCGACCGUGGACUCCUACUACUCCGUGGAGUCCUUGUACAACGAGCCGGACCAGAAGCCAGAGGAGGAGGGGAACCUGCCAGUCCCUAACUCUCUACGCUGUGAGUUACUGCUGGCCUUGAAGACACAGUGGCCUUUUGAUCCCGAGUUCUGGGACUGGAGAACAUUGAAGCGCAACUGCUUGGCAUUGAUGGGUGAAGAAGCGGCCAUUGUGUCGUCCAUAGACACGCUGAACGACGCAGAAGAACAAGAGGAGGAGAGCGCGCUGGCCAAGGCCCCGGAGUACAAGGACCUGGAGGACUUUCUGUUGAACACUACAAACGAACUGAAUGAGAUCACAGAUGAAAGGGAGAAGAAUAGAGAGGCUAAAAAACUAAGGGAGCAAGGCUUUGUCUCUGCUCGGUUUCGCAAUUGGCGAGCGUACAUGCAGUACUGUGUUUUAUGCGACAAGGAGUUUUUAGGUCACCGUAUUGUGCGGCACGCUCAGAAGCAUUUUAAAGAUGGUAUGUAUCUGUGCCCGAUUUGCGCUGAUAGUUUUGAAAGCCGGGAGGUUUUAGAGCCACAUGUUGCUUCCCAUGUCAAGCAAUCUUGUAAAGAGAGACUGGCUGCAAUGAAAGCUGCUAGGAAGGUUGGCAAACCAGUUCAGUCUGCUAAAAGUCCGUUAAAAAAUGUAAAGGUGGCCGUAAAAACCAAUCUCAGCCCUGUCAAAAUAGAACCUUCAAACGGCAAUUAUGCCAGUAUUGACACGCAAGUAAAUCCAACCAGCCUCGUCACCCAGGAGCAAGGGACGUCCGAAACACAGCUCAGCCAGGAUUGUUUCUGUCCAGUUCAAAACUGUUCAAAGGCAUUCAAGUUUUUCCGUAAUCUCAUGGCUCAUGUAAGAUGCCACAAGGAUGAUGCAGAAGCAAUACGUUUCCUAGAGAUACAGAAGCAGAAGGUGGUGUGCCAGUAUUGCAGGCGGCAGUUUGUUAACGUUAAACAUCUCAAUGAUCAUCUGCAAAUGCACUGUGGGAUCAAACCAUAUAUCUGCAUACAGCUUGAUUGCAAAGCUAGUUUUAACUCCAAUUCUGAACUGCUCAUGCAUAGGAAAACGCAUCCAGAAUUCCAGGCUCGGUGUAUGCUCCCUAAUUGUGGACAGAUUUUUAAUGAGGCCUAUUUGUUAUAUGAUCAUGAGGCCCAGCAUUACCUUACAUACACGAGCCAGACAGUCAACUGUGCAAAGGUUUUAACCUCGCCGUCCCAAUGCCUGUCUCCCCAAGGGAAUCAUGGUACACAUGAUGUGGUGAACAGUCCUCCACCAUCCAACGAAGUCCUUCAGCACCCCCCAAACGUUCAGGCCGCCCCCCAGGACACCCCUAAAAAGGAUGAGAAAUGCUCUGCCUUCGUCCGCCUGGAACGCAUUGACACAGAGGCUUAUAUGAAGGACGUGGCCAUGGCGAGCACCUCACCCUCCAAGUCGCCACUGACCUCGCCCAAGGAGCCUAAUCCUUUAAGGGUGAAACACUCCAUCGAAAGCAUGCUAAAUCAGGAUCUAGAGGCGGAAGAACCAGAGAAAUGCUAUACUCCCCUGACUAAUCCCGCCCCAGCAACAGUUGAUGCAACAGAGCAACAAGUUCAGCAUCAGCAACCAACCAUAGUAGUUGAGCACGUGGAGAAUCCACCAGUUUACCCUGUUCCCCUCACAAUAAACCAUGUAGAUGGUCCGCUGAGAGAAGACAUGGAUAAUGGAGUUACUCAUGUCUUUCAGAAAGUGCCACCUCAGAUUCUCUCUCCAUCUCAGAUAAAAGCUGAGAACCCAUGCUCCUCACACGGCUUUUCUCCUAGCAUACCAGCUGCAGCUGGCAAUGAGGAGGUCAUGCAUUGCUGCCCAUAUAAGGACUGUACACGUGCAUACAGCACAAAUAAAAGUCUCUCACGGCAUGUGAAGAAACAACACCCUGAAAUAUUUGAAGAUUGGAAACUGGCCAAGAAGUACAACAAAGUGGUAAAAAUAACUGCAAAGAAAAUCUCCAACAUGGAAACGGCAUCCCCCAGUCAGUCACACAGAUCCCCGACUCCACAGAUACCACCACUAUGCAACAAGGCAGGGAUGCAGCAGAUGGAUUAUCCUCUGGGAUGUUCAGGCUCACCUGCCCCCUGUUACCCUGGCUCAGUGGACUCAGUGCCUAUCACUCCAAUGGUGAAUCCUACCCUCUAUCCAUCAUGGGGAAGCCCAGGGAAUUCUGCUGGCCUAAUGAAUUCAGAAGGAGCCCAGGAUUGGCCUUCAUCUCCUAUGAGUAACUGUUUUCCUGAUGUCUUUAAUGUGGCUGAAUAUCCGUCCCGGAGUUACCCUCAGUGGCAACCAGAUCUCUAUCAAACUACGGCCCCUCUCCCGGCUGACCGAGACCAUUCACUGGCAGCUACACACAGUGGAACCAUGACACAUGUUGCUUCGGAUUCAACUUUGAUGUCUCAGUAUGUAUCUAGCUCACUAAUGCUUGACAAUGUGGCCCAAAUACACAAUGGUGGGCAGCAAUAUGUAUUAAUGCAGCCGGAGGCCAGUGUUGACAGGGAUUCAAGAAAGACGAAUACCAAUAUGACGGGCCAGACCGGUCACCCCAGUAGCAUUUUAACAGUUGAAAACCUUCCGGUUGAAACGUACCCCCCUCCAUACAAUCCGAACGCAGCAGCCAGUCUGCCUCCAGAAAAAAAGGAAGACCUCCCAAUGAAAUGUCAGACAGACAUCCCAGAGCCCGAAGGUGUACCGAAAGCCACCUCCAUCAUUCCCAAGGCUACGACACCCAAGGUGGAGACGCCUGCCCUUGAUCCGAUCGACAGCACGGUCAAGGUUCUGCUCAGUCCACAAAGUGUUAUUACCGCAGACGUCCCGUUUGAGGAAGAAUUGAGUACGGUCGAAGGUGAGGCUAAUCCCUCCGAUGACAAGAGCAACGAUGCUGAUGCACCGAAAGGAAAGCGAAACAGACUGAGCAAGAGAACCAAAUGGCCGGCGAUAAUAAAGGACGGUAAAGUCAUCUGCAGGAGAUGCUUCCGAGAGUUCACAAGCACCAAGUCCCUCGGAGGUCAUCUAUCAAAGCGGUCUCAAUGCAAGCCGUUGGAUGAAGUGGAUCUAACGGCUGACCUACCCACAUCAUUCCUAGAUUUUCUCAAUGACCCUCUCGUCCCCGAUACUAAUGGAGCAAUAUUCAACAUGACCAAUGGAGAGUUCUCACAGGAAAGCUGUAGCUUGACCACUUUGACCACGCCUCACCUGAUUAAAACGGAGCCCCAGAAUUCAAUGAUAGACCCCUCUUCUGCUCCGCUUCCUUCGGCCUCCAAGGAGCUCCCGCCCAGUCAGACCAACAGCGAUCCGAAGGAGAAGGAGUCCAUUGCCUCCUCCCAGGCCAGGCCCCGCAGUGAAGAUCACUUGAUGGAAAUCUCCAAGGCCUUUCAAAGGUUGGAUUUAAUUGAGGCUGCACAGGAGAAGUUGAAAAUGGAAAAAAUGGCCUUAGCUCAACAUGUCGUCAUCAUAGACUCCUUAUCUGACCAUGAAAAAAGUAAGACUCAGAAAGAAAAACGCGAAGAGAAGUCCCGGGAAAAGUUACCCAAACCUUUUAAGUGUGAUCAGGAUGAUUGUGAGUUUUCAUUCAUGACGAAAGAGGCAUUAUUCAAACACUUGGCAAAAAUGCAUGAUUACACCAAUGAUAAGAUAGAAGAAUUGAAAAGGACUCCAGUGAAGUUUUCGCCAUACCCCUGUCAGAUUUGCCCUAAAACAUUUACCAGAACGACGGGCUUGAGAAUCCAUUACGAAAAGGUUCAUCGCCUAACAAAGCCAGAGAUGUUGAAGCUAAAAUUCAGUGCACGCAAUAGGCGUGUAUUCAGACUAGCCAAAGAAGAUUGUUAUAGCAGCCGUACCACCAGCGCUGCGGAGAAUACAAGUCGUACAACGAGAUCUUCACUAGGAGUACCUGGCAUUAAACAAGAGCCACUUGAUAUAGCGAUUGAAACUCAGACGGACCGUGAAGACAACGUCAUGAUGGUCACGGCUGCAUCUGAUUCUGCAGACGAUGGUAUUGCCUGUGAAAUAUUAACUGUUACAAAGUUGCCAUCCCCUCUUCACUAUUUGAGCGACGGGCAGAACUGUGAAAUGAGCUCCUCAUCAAUGCCUGAUCCGGCUCAAGAGGAACCCGGAGAGGCUCAAGCAAAUCCGGGCCCAGAACCAAACGAGCAGCAUGGGGAUGCGAGCAUAGAGUCGAAUCCCCAUGAACCAUCUGACCAACCGAGUGGUUCAAAAACCUCUCCCACAAAGGAGGAGCACCACAAGAGAGAGAAGCCCCAGAAGAAGAUGGGGCUGAAGAUGGGCGACCUAGACAACGCCUUCAGCCCUUAUAGACCGUAUCGCUGUGUUCACGAAGGAUGCAACGCUGCGUUUACCAUUCAACAGAACCUUAUCCUCCAUUACAGGGCUAUGCAUCAGGCCUCCUUGCCCUUGACCAGAGCAGAAGGGGAUUCUGAUAAACACAGUGUAACGAGCGGACAAGAGAGCGUGGUAAAAGAUGAUGAAGUCAGAUGUCAAGUAAAGGAUUGUUCCAGAGUGUUCAUGGGAGUCCCUAAGUUAGUGCAGCAUUACCUUUUACUUCACAAAUUCACACGUGAUAAAGCCACUGCUAUGAUGUCCAGCAUGAACGUAGGAACGUUUAAAUGUGAUCGGGAGGAGUGCUCUCUACCCUUUGAGUGUGCGGACAAGUACAUUGAGCACAUCAAAAACUUCCACAAAGAAAUCGCAAUCUCUGAGAGCGGGUCAGUGGACACGACAUUUAAGUGUGAGUAUGACGGAUGUGAUUGUGUCUACACUACAAAGUCCAACCUCCUGCGACAUCUGAUCAAGAAGCACGAGUACGUCUACGAUCCGAAAAGCAGUGACGGUAGGAGAACCAAGUCAAUAGGCCUUUUUGGCCCGGAAACCAGCCCGAAAGAAAUCUUUGAAAGCAAGUACAAAGUAAAAAAGAAAAACCUAAAAAAAAAAGAGGUCAACUCUCUAGAUCAUUGGAGCAGCUUUGGAAAACCUGCUCUCAAAUCUCACGAGGAGGCGUCCGCCCUGUGCACCAAGAAGUCCUCCCUGCAGUACCCUUGUAUGAUAAUGGGCUGUGACACCGUGGAGCGGGCCGAGAGGAGCAUCUUCAAACAUUACACCACUCAUGGCCUCACAGAGCGGUACAUCGAGGACCAUAGGAGCCAGUUUAUAUUCUGCAAAAAGUAUUCCCGUUCCAGGUUCAAAGAUGCAAACAAAUCUGAAGGCAUGUCCACAAGCUCUUCGUCCGAAGUUAGUGAAAACGAAGAGAGUGAAACCGAAGGCGCAAAACCCAACGGCCCGAACGCAGACGACCGAUUGGCCAACGACUACGGCAAAUCAUCCACCGACGAGAGUUCAGAGUCUCAGACUUCCACCGUGACCGAGGGGAAUAAGAAAGGCCGUCCUAGGAAGCCUGCUCAUCCAACACCAGCUUGCACAGAGCGGAUGCAGACCCUCAGAAACCGUCUGACUGUUAGCAGUUCCAGAGAUAACUCUAAUCCUGGAACUCCCUCGCCCCCAGAGGAGCAGUGUGACGAGGGUCUCCUUCCCGAAACGUUUAAGCCUUCAGAACUCGAAGAUUCCUUCUUAAAGUUUAUAGAAACCUCAGAGUCAACCCAAGCUUCCAAACGGAAGCUGAGCGAUAGAGCCGGUGUUGAACUGCCAGCCAAAAAGCCUCACUCUGUCAAACGAAAGUCUGCUCAAAGGGGGAAAGUCUCAGAUGAAAUAAGUGACAAUGCAAAUGCAGUUGACUUCAGAAAUCCCCUUAAUCUCAAAUCAGUUAAUAACGUUAAGAUUUUAGUGGAUAAAACAUUUUCAGAUGGUGCCGACCUUUUACUCAAGCAGCUACAAAAUAUGAGACCCAUAGUUAUCAUAAAGAAAGUGGUUUUGUAGUGGAUCGUAGCCUGGGCUUUAUUUUCAACCUCACUCAGGAUUCGAGAAGGUAAAUGCUGCAGAAUUGUUUGUUGAUGGUGCAUCAGAUUUCCAACUAUUAAGUGGUCCCAGUUAAACAGGAAAUUGACAAUUUUGUACUUAUGAAAUAUAUGUCUUGGAUGAUUUUAAGUAUGUACGUUAGAUAUAAUAACCAGGUAAUCUUUAGGGCAUAGAUUUUAGAAACAUGUUUGUAUUUAUGAGCUUAGUACUGAAGAGUUUUUUUUCUUUUCUAAUUGGAGACUUUUAAGAACUGUUUUAUAUAUCCCUAUGGGAUUUCAAGUAUUGUUUGUAUUUAUUUUAUCCUUUCUCAACACUAGUAGACCUAUCUGUAAUAUUUACAUGUCUUCCACACAGUGUUCAAUAAAAUGUAACCUGUACCUUUUUGUAAA